GGUUUGAAGGCAUAACUCAAUCCCAUUGAGGUACAAACAUGGGGAAAUCUAGGUCUUCGAUGGCCUAUCUCGUGGCCACGAUCUUGGUGGCGACUCUAAGUUUGCCAUCGGUGUUUGCUGCUGAUUAUGUCUAUUCGUCUCCGCCGCCUCCUUACUAUUCAUACAAUUCACCUCCUCCUCCUGUUUAUCAUUCUCCUCCACCACCGAAAGUGAAGUAUGAAUAUAAAUCACCACCACCACCUCCUGUUUACUAUUCUCCUCCACCGCCUGUUUAUCACUCUCCACCACCUCCGGUUUACCAUUCUCCUCCACCUCCCGUUUACCAUUCUCCUCCACCACCUGUGUAUCACUCUCCACCGCCUCCGGUUUACUAUUCUCCUCCACCACCUGUUUAUCACUCUCCACCGCCUCCAGUUUACUAUUCUCCUCCACCACCUAAGAAGGACUAUGAAUACAAAUCUCCACCACCACCAAAGAUGGAUUAUGAAUACAAGUCUCCACCACCUCCUAAGAAGGACUACGAGUACAAGUCUCCUCCACCACCCAAGAAGGAUUACGAGUACAAGUCCCCUCCACCACCAAAGAAGGACUACGAGUACAAGUCUCCCCCACCACCGAAGAAGGAUUAUGAGUACAAGUCCCCUCCACCACCAAAGAAGGACUACGAGUACAAGUCUCCCCCACCACCGAAGAAGGAUUAUGAGUACAAGUCCCCUCCACCACCAAAGAAGGACUACGAGUACAAGUCUCCCCCACCACCGAAGAAGGAUUAUGAGUACAAGUCCCCUCCACCACCAAAGAAGGACUACGAGUACAAGUCUCCCCCACCACCGAAGAAGGAUUAUGAGUACAAGUCCCCUCCACCACCAAAGAAGGACUACGAGUACAAGUCUCCCCCACCACCGAAGAAGGAUUAUGAGUACAAGUCCCCUCCACCACCAAAGAAGGACUACGAGUACAAGUCUCCCCCACCACCCAAGAAGGAUUAUGAGUACAAGUCCCCUCCACCUCCCAAGAAGGACUAUGAGUACAAGUCUCCCCCACCUCCCAAGAAGGAUUACGAGUACAAGUCUCCACCACCUCCCAAGAAGGAUUACGAGUACAAGUCUCCACCACCACCAAAGAAGGACUACGAGUACAAGUCCCCUCCACCACCCAAGAAGGAUUACGAGUACAAGUCCCCUCCACCACCCAAGAAGGAUUACGAGUACAAGUCCCCUCCACCACCGAAGAAGGGUUACGAGUACAAGUCUCCCCCACCACCCAAGAAGGAUUAUGAGUACAAGUCCCCUCCACCUCCCAAGAAGGACUAUGAGUACAAGUCUCCCCCACCUCCCAAGAAGGAUUACGAGUACAAGUCCCCUCCACCACCCAAAAAGGACUACGAGUACAAGUCUCCACCACCACCCAAGAAGGAUUACGAGUAUAAGUCUCCUCCACCACCCAAGAAGGAUUACGAGUACAAGUCCCCUCCACCACCAAAGAAGGACUACGAGUACAAAUCUCCCCCACCACCCAAGAAGGAUUACGAGUACAAGUCCCCUCCACCACCCAAGAAGGACUACGAGUACAAGUCUCCUCCACCACCAAAGAAGGACUAUGAAUACAAAUCUCCGCCACCACCCAAGAAAGACUACGAGUACAAGUCUCCACCACCUCCCAAGAACGACUACAUUUAUGCCUCACCACCACCUCCAUACCACUACUAGAGUGAUAUCCUUCACAUCCCUACUCUAGGGUAAAAGAAGAAAAUACUCAUAUCAAUAAAGAGAUGGCCUAAGAUGAUCGUCACUACGUUCAAACAAUGGCCCUCCAUUAUUUAUGUCGUGUUCCAUGUGUUCUUUUCUUUUCAAAUUUAGUUUCAUACUGUGUAUUCAUAUUUUACAUUAAGAAGUGAGAAAAUUUUAUUUAAUUUCCAAACGA